UUUCUUUAUAAAUAUUUUCCGAACCUAAGACACUUUUGCAGCGUUUUGAAUAUUCGACAGCGCUUUCAUAUAUUUUUUCUGCUUUCACCAAGUUGUUUGGCGUCUGCAAAAUUCAUAUACCUCGUGAAAUGAAGCGCGUCUUGGCGUCUAGACUUGGCGGCGCCUCGCCAAUAUGGCAGCGACUGUUAAAAUCCCGGCCAAGUUUUCCGUCAAAUGCCCAAGAUUUCGUGGUUUCUGGAACCUCUGGUAAAACCAUAUCGCCCGUACAUGGUUGCCUGAGUAUGUUUAUGAGCUCCGUGAGGCAACAUUCAAGGUCAUUUACGUGUUCUCGCGUUUUGAGAAGCUCUGAGGCGUCAACUGCCGGAGCUAGUAUCGUGUCAACUAAUGCAUUUAUAAGAUGGUACCUGCAAAUGAUUGGGAAACAUCCUGUUUUGACCAAGAGCGUUACAGCCGCCUCUAUUUACACAUCUGCCGACCUCACUUCCCAGGUCAUUACUUUUGCUGCAUCAGAUGCUUUUCAUGUUUCAGAUAAACUGGAAAUUGAUGUUCAGAGGACCAUGCGAAUGGCUGGAUAUGGACUCCUCUUGUCAGGCCCCACAUUGCAUUUAUGGUUUAACUUCAUGUCAAGAGUUCUUCCAAAGACGGAUAUUAUAAGCACGGUUAAGAAAAUGCUUCUUGGGCAGAUUCUUUAUGGUCCUGUUGUCACAGUUGUCUUCUUCUCAUUGAAUGCUCUCCUGCAAGGUGAGAAUGGGAGUGAAAUCUUUGCAAGGUUAAAACGGGAUUUUAUUCCUACAAUUAAAAGUGGUGCCAUGUAUUGGCCUCUGUGUGAUUUCAUUACUUAUAGAUAUGUCCCUGUGCAUCUUCAGCCUCUAGUAAGCAAUUCAUUUGCAUUCAUAUGGACAGUGUAUCUUACAUACAUGGCGGGCUUGAAGAAGGUCACCCUAGAGGAAACACUGUCUUCCUGAAUGCUGUUCAGUCACAUUAAACAAUAACAUUAUUCAGAGCAGUCACUGUGGCUUACCAACACAAUCAGAAAUUUUCUACUCCUAGGUUCUAGUUCUUCACCGUCGGCAGUUCUUGAGUGCCAGCAUGAAAUACAAUUUGAUACAAGACUGAAGUUGCUUUCCAAAGCUCUUGGAAUAUUGGGUAUUCAUAAUUUUCGCAUGAUUAUUUAUCAACUUCCAACAUCAGUUUUGGUACUCUCUGUUCUCUAUCUUUUUUUAGCCUAAUAAUUUUUAAAACUUGAAAGUCCGAUUGUCUAAUUUGAUUAGUGAUUCAUAGACACUGAAUCAAUUUUCAGUGUAAACAGAUGUAAGGAGAAUGCAUGUGAGCUAUGUGACUGAUAUUCAAAGACAGUUUUUCAUUGUCUUUUACAUAGACAAAGUUGAGGAAUCGUACCUCGUGCAGGUUUUUGAUCUCUCAAGUAUGAAAAUAGAACCAUUUGGUAGCUGGAACACAUUGCAAAUUAAGGGAUGAUAUCAGCGUAUCACCCAAUGUGGUGGAUUUUUUUAAUAGCUUGCUUGGAGGAUUUACAGAAAAAAGGUUUUAUAAUAGGACUAGUAUUUAUGUUAAUUGUUAAGCCCUGUAUUUAUGUUCUUGAUCCUUUUUUGGGCUGAUUUUACAGUCUGAUGGAAAAUAGAUAUUAUUCUCAAAGAAAUUACCAAACCCUUUGUUUUAAAUAAUACAGGGUUCUGGUUUUGUAAAGUUCCUACUUUUUCUAACAUGAUUUUAAUCAGAAAUUCAAGUGCAAGAUAUAGGCAUGAUUUUUUAUCAA